AUGACGUACCAGAUACCCAGAGAACUAGCUGGAUUAAACAAGGGAAAUUUGCUGGAUAAGUCUGGUGAGGAGGGCGUGGCUGUAGGCGUGAUCAUGGGCGUUGCUGUGGGCGUUGCUCUGGGCGUGGGGAUGGUGAGCUGGAGACGUCAGCAACACAACGAGAAUGUUGACCACUCCACUGAUGGUGUGUGGUGGAGAGGACGAGCCAGCAUCCCCAAGACCACCAGGACAGAGAAGGCCUCCAGCUCCCCAGUCUUCAGGAGAGCAUCGCUCAGCCACUCAGAGUGGGACAUCAGAAGGCCGUGGUCACACGUGUACAGUGAACGAGAGGCUGCCAAGCUGAGUCAUUCAGUGUGUAGGCUGUCUGUGACGUCAGGGGAGGAUGGAGGGGUGACCACCGUGGAGGUUGUGGAGGAGGGAGUGGAGGGAGGACCUAGGUCCCUCCCUCACAUGCCCUCCACCGUCACUACUUCUUCAGAAGGCAUGUUCCAAAAAUUUAAGAAGUCACUGUCGCUGCGGCUGGCUAAGAGAGGCAGUCGAAGCGAGUCUCUAGGCUCGUGUGGGUCUCAGUCAGCGCCCGUAGGUCACACCUCGGUGCAGCCCAGCCUUCAGGAGGCCUACACCUCUGCCCAUCCUAGCCUACUGGAGGCCUACUCCCCAGCCCACCCUAGCCUACUGGAAACCCAGACGCUGCCCAGGAGGCGGAGCUCGGUAGGCCGAGACGACGACACCAGGAACACUGGGUUUCUACUGGGUCAUCCACUCUUCAGGUCGAGCAAGGAGCGCCGGAAGGCUCGCCUGAAGGAUGCCAGGUCGUCCAAGUGCAACUCGGGCGAUUCCGGCGAUUCUGGAAUUGAGUUAGUGGGUGGGUGUGGGCAGGUGACGCUGGACAUGUCUGCCCACACCUUCAACCUCGAUGUAAACAACUACGUGGACCCGGCCUUUGUGGCGAGCUUGGCUGAUGACGGAGGCAGCAGUCUAUGUGAGGGUAACCCACGAGCAGUUCGUAGGACCCACAGUGAUGUAGGUGGUGUUGGAGGCCGCACUUGUCUCCACUACUCUCGCCAGUUAUCCACACCACAACCCAUCAAGAUCAGACCAGCUCAUAGACUUCCACAACACACUGCUUCUUUACAUAGGUCUAAAAGCCUUAAGAGAAGCAAAGGGUCUUCACAUUUACGGCGAUCAGUCAGUCAACCUUUAGAUCUGGACAAGGCCUAUGAUACUCCAACUUCAACACUACGCAAGUGUAGAAGUCCAACAAAUGCUCAGAACACACGACAGAGAAGACCGUCAGCAGGGAACAUCCUUAAUGAUGACAACACAACUUCAGAAGAUGAGAUUGGAAUAUCGGAUUCUGAAGAUUUCAAAACUGAUCUGAAGAGAAGUUUAGAAGAGGAUGACGAUAUGAUUGUUUAUGCAGAAGCUCUCUGGGACCAUGUAACAUUAGACUCUGAGGAGCUUGUGUUCAAGGCUGGUGAUUUAAUCACUGUGAUAGAUUCCAGUGAUAAAGACUGGUGGUGGGGCCGAAUAAGUCACAGGGCUGGAUGGUUCCCAGCUGCCUUUGUACGGAUACUUGUAAACCAAGAAGAUCAUCAGGAGUCCAGAAUUCACGAUGCACGCAUUCUGGGACCAGCAAGAAAGCUCAGCGUUUCAGGCUUAUCUCAUGAUCAGAUCCGUACCAAUGUUAUAAACGAAAUCAUAUCAACAGAGCGUGAUUUUGUGAAACACUUGAGGGAUGUUGUUAAGGGGUACUUGCGACAAGUUCGUAAGAGACCAGACAUGUUCAGCGAUGACAGAAUAUCAACCAUCUUUGGCAACAUGGAGGCUCUGUACCAGUUUCAGAGCAACUUCCUCAGAGAGCUAGAAUUAUGUAUAGAUUGGCAAGAGCCCCACAAAUCAUGUAUUGGUGCUACCUUCAUUCGAAAUAGAGAAAAAUUUGAGAUAUACAGUGAAUAUUGCAAUAACCACCCAGCUGCAAUGUCAUCACUACAGGAACUCUACCAGGACCAAAAAUACAUUCAUUUCUUUGAGGCUUGUCGACUUCUGCAAGAAAUGAUUGAUAUCUCAUUGGAUGGGUUUCUACUCACCCCUGUUCAGAAAAUUUGCAAAUACCCUCUUCAACUUCAGGAACUUUUGAAAUAUACAAAGCCUGAUCAUCCAGAUUACACUAGUGUUCAGGGAGCAUUAGAAGCUAUGCGAGACGUCGCCCUUCUUGUCAAUGAGCGAAAACGGCGCAUGGAAUGCUUGGAGAAGAUUGCUUCCUGGCAGAUUACUGUAGAGGGUUGGGAGGGGCCUGAGCUCCUUGAAGAUAGCUCACAGUUGAUCUACCAGGGAGAAGUAACGAAAGGGGCUGGUGGAUCUUGGCCCAAAGAAGUGACUCUCUUCCUAUUUGAUCAUCAGCUUGUGUAUUGCAAGCGGGACCUACUCAAGCGGAAUACAUUCGUAUACAGAGGGAGACUCAAUCUCGAUAUGUGUGAGGUUGUUGAUCUCCCAGAUGGGAAAGACUCCAGCCUAAACAUUAGUGUUCAUAAUGGAUGGAAAAUUCGUAGUCUUGAGAAGAACAAGUGGUAUGUUUUUUCAUGCAAAAGUGCUGCAGAGAAACAGAAGUGGAUGGAAGCAUUCAGAAGAGAACGUGAAUUAGUAGCUGCAGAUGAAUAUGCAGGAUUUGUUGUGGCAGAGAAAGCAAAACAUCUUGCUAAAGUUGCUGCUCGCAACCAAAGGAAUAGACCUAAGAGACCUCGAACGACCAAAUCGCACAAGCGUGUACAGGCCAUGACUUACGCUCAGGCUGAACUUCUAGUCAAUGUUGAUCCUGAAAUCCGCUCCAAUAGCCUUCCCUCAGGUGUUCAGCCACCCGAGGGAAAGAAGAAAGGUUUAUGGUUCAGUUUUGGAGGUCACAAAAAAGGAAGAGGAUCUGGACGAAAUGCGACACAAAUACAGCACCAUCCAGUAUGAGGAUUAGCAUUGAGUGUGAAAUCUCAUGAUGAGGGCUGAAGGUCAUUAGCUUUAAAGCUAUUUAAACACUAAUUUUCCAGUCACUGACAUUUAAGUGUAUGAAAGUGAUUUUGGUUUUGUGUGUACUUUUCAUUGAUCUUAAGACUCAACAGUGAUGUUGAGAUAAAGAUACUACUACUACUGUGAUUGUGUUAUAAGGUAUGGUAAUUCCUUUUCAUAUCUCUGCACACUGGAAGAUGUGCUCACUCCAUUUUGUGAAUGAUGCACAUUUAACCAAAGCUGAAAUGUUUAAUCAUGAAUAUGUUUUGAGGAUAUUUUGAAGUAUAUGAUAAAACUGACGAUAGAUUGGAAGAGUCUAGUCAUCCUUUGAAUGUUCUAUAAGCAGUCUGGAAUUUGAUUUGAUGAAUGAAGUGAAAGGUCAAACUUUUCAUGUAAUUUAUGUAACUUGGAUGAAAUAAUUAGUUUGCCACCUGCUGGUUUAGGUUGCAACAAAUAUCUUGCCAUGAAAUUUUCUGUUUAUAAAUUUGCAUUCUACAAAAUAAAAGGAGCGUGCGUUGUCACUAGGUAGGGUUUUAUAACGUGCCAUUUUUUUUUUUAUCUGGAUAUAAAAAUGCAGGUGUUUAGAAAAUAUAAUGAUUAGAUUAAUCACAAUGUGGCCUCUGUGUUGACAAUUAAGUCUAGUUUCACUCAAUGUUGUAGUUAUUUUUCCCAUUUAAUGUAUUAAUACUCAGGUUCAUCAUCGAAUAUUUAGCCAUUUGAUGUUAAAAAAACAAAAAAAAAAAAAAUCAACUAAGUUGUAUUGACCUGAACCAAUGUCAGCUGUAUGUGCCUAGUAUCAGGUUUGUGCUGUUUCUUAAUACUAUGUAGAGGUGUUCAGCUGAAUUCUGUAAGUUAAAGAUCACUCUCAACCAAAUAAUUGUUACAUUAAUAAUGUGGCAUAUAUCUCAAUUGAGUACCUUACCCUGAAGCUUGAUAUCUUAAUAAUUACUGUAAGACCAUCAGACAUUUGUAUGAUCUUUUAGUAAUUGUGUAUAUUAUUUAACCUUGUUUUCUAUUAAAUCUUUGUACAGUGAUGAAUAUAUGUAAUUGUUGUAAAAAUGUACAUAGAUAAACUCCUCUUUCA